UUCAGACUCAGUUUGGAUAUAUUACCAGUAGUCAGUAGUGCGCGCGGUGACCGUCAUCCGUGUCAGACGUCGCGCGUGUUCCAUCGUUGUGUGCAGCUCGUCCGCAUCCGUGUUUAGUGUUAUUAGUGCGCCGCUCGUAACAAUAACAACAAUACGGCUGUGUGCGUGUGUGUGUAUUAUUAAUAAAAUAUAAUAACAACGAAGACGUUUAUUAUUUUGUGUUCAACCGAGUUUUCGUUUUGCCGACGACCAGGCCUGGAAAACAUCAUGUGACCGCCGUGGUCCGGGAAUCGUGUUCAUCCCGCUGACAGAAUUAUGACGGCGAAUGGCAGUGUUGUUGCUGUUAAAAACAUAAUACCGUAUAUUGUUGGCAAGACAUCCUGAGACGCUGAAAUGUCGCCCGAAAACGAGUGUCCGAGGUUCAAACAGAAUGCGUGGAAAAAGGAAUUGUGCUCAAACUGUUUCCGCCCGAAAGAGGAACACCCGCAACGACCCAAACGGGUGCAGGUCGAAUACAAGCCGUUACCGGAGAUAUCGCCGUCUCAGAGCAUAUUGAAGGCCAACGGUUCCUGCGAGAAAUCGUUGAACGUGUCGUUUUCCAACGUUGAGUUCGAAAUCAUCGGUUACGGCGGCGAAGAGUAUUCCACGGACGACGAUUACUCGGACGCGGACGACGACUACGGCCGUCCGCAGGAAUACGGCGACGCCGGCGAAGAUGAAGAAGAGCUAAAAAGACUGACCGAGGCCAACACGAACAUGAACGGCAGACUGAACGUGCCCGAGAAGAACGCCGUCGUCGUCCCGGUGGCUGCUGUCGUUACGCCGGCGAAGACGUCGAUCGCGCCUAAGGCGAAAGUGGCGCCCGAAAAGGCGUCGUCGCCGCCACUGGUCACGAUCAAGCCGUUCGGCGAACAACAGUCCCAACAAUCUUUGGUGUACAGUUUCUUGAAGAACAAAGAAAUGGCCGCGGCCGCCAAAAAAGAGACACCGGCAAAAACCACUGCCGCCGCCGUUAUUGUUGUUCCGGCGGCCACGGUGGACGACGGCGAGAAAACCGUGGACGCGGACACCGCCGUGGCCAACGAAGACGCGCGGACGCGUAAGACUGAAACGAAAAAGACUCUGGCCAGGAGUUCGUUGCUGGCCAGCUCCAACGAACCGUUUUUGCACAUGAAACGGUCCAGUAUUCCGGCGGCCGACGAAGUAGCCGUACUCGCCUCCCCGUCCGUCCAGACGCCGUCGCAGGACCUACCCGCGAAAAAAGAUCCGGCCGCCGUUGUGGUGGUAGUACCGGCGCCACCGCCGCCGCCGCCACCACCGGAAACGAUCAAAACCGAACGAUUGCCGCAAGACGCCGUGCCGGAAGGGCCGCCGACCCCGCCCAAGGAACCGGAAGCUGCGGCGACGGACGCCGGUGGCUUGUCCGCGUACAAGACGCGAAGUAACGUGCCGCGAAUGGGAACGAAACACUUCAAGAUAAAACUACCGGUGGCGCCUAUCCCGUUCCAAAAACCCGUCGACGCCUGCAAACCCGCGGAAACGGCCGAAUCGCUGACCAGCCGGGAACUGGCCGGCGAACCGGACGGCAAGGCGGAUUCGGACGAGCCGGGCGAUCAACAGCUGCCGCCAGUCGCGCCUGCCAACCGUUCUUUCCUCCAUACCUUUAGCAAAGAAAAGUCCCCUCCCCCUCCACCGCCGUGUGAUACCCCUCCUAGGACGCCUCUAAGAAAGACUUCCAGCAGUAGUCCGCCGGAGUGUCCCAGGAGCAUCAAGCGUCAAGCUCCGAAGCCGCCCCCCACCCCUCCGUCGCCGAUGGUGACGUGCGCGAGCAACAACGUCCAUCACCGAGGGAGGCACACCAGCGUGUGUUCGAUCACCGACGACGAGUGUGAAGUAGGAAGAGGUCCCGACGAGACGACCACGGCCAACCGGAAGUUGUUGGCGGAAUACUGCGAGCAAAUCGAACGGGAACAAAGGCAAAACCGGGACGUCGAGGAGCCGCCACAACCGGCGGACGACGCGGCGUCUCGCGAGUCGUCCACCCUCCCGUUGCCCAGCCGGCGGCCGUCGUACGAGAAAAAGAAGUACGGCAAAGCGGCCAAGGUGGGAUCGAAAAUCAAAAAGUUUUUGAGGCUACCCAGCAAGGACUCGACGACGGCCUCGCCGCAACCGUCGACCAGGCCCAAACUGGAGAUCAUUCACCCGUUGGACAUCAACAAGUCCGGCGUGCAGAUCAUCCACAACAUGGAGAUCAUACACAGCAGCAUACACAGCGUCAAAGGGUCGGCGCACCAUCACUCUGCACGCCCAUCGAAGCCUCCACCGCCUCCUAGAAGUCUUCCGCCUCAGCCGAUGGCUUCAAAAGAGAAUUCGCCAAAACUAACAGACUAUUCCGAUGUGCCAAAAGCUUGCGAUUCCAGUACGUCCGACGAGACUUACGAACCAAUCAAUUAUUCGGCACCAGAAUGCGACCACAGUUCGCCGGAGAUGGCUCGCUUGACAUCCAUGCAGUAUUGUGGCAGCGAGACCGAGUCGGAAAUAUAUCCGGCCAUCCAGUUUGGGGACGACUUUGGAGUCGAAGACACUAUCAGGAACACACAGACGUCCGGUCACAAGAGUCUGGAGGAGAGUUAUGACGCCGUUGUUAUUGCCAACCAUGAAGCUCUCACCAAACUCUUAGACCAGGCUUCGAGUGGUCCGAAAAUUCCAAAAGAAUUAAUGGUACUUCAAACAAACGGUCUUAAAUGGUCUAGUUUUUACGUGGAUUCGACAAGCCGUCUACAGAAAGGAGACUAUGCCUUCUACAACAGUAAGUGGUACGAUGUGCCAGUGGUGUUGUCCAUAUCGGCCAAACAAAUAAAACUCAACAACAUAUUGAACAAUCAUUUCACGCUGACAAAAGUAUCGCAGUUUAUCGAUUGUGUCGGCAAAGAAUUUAGUGCGAACAAUGAAAAUGAAGACUCGUACGUUACAUUAUGGAACGCUCAUCGGAUAGAAAGCAUUGAAUCGUACUGCAAAGAGUACAACGCAAAAUACUCGGACGUCACUAAAGAAGCCGGCCUCGUACUAGUGGAAGUUAUCAACCUGUUAAUGGGCCUGCAGGCUUCGAACGUUGAAAAGUACAGCCUCCAGCCGUUCGUAAUCACCAGAAACUGUUUUGGAGCUGACCCGUCUGUCGCUGUGAUUCAAGUGGAAAACGAUCCCAAGGACGAAGACACGUUGUGCAACAUCAUGUUGAACGUAUUGAAAAUGUUAGCGCCUUCUUGGGAAAUGACCGUCUGUUUGUCGCAAGUGUUACGGCAAGGAAAAGCCAACUCGUUGUCCAAGUGCAAAGCGCUGCUGGAGUUUUGGCUGUGGGGACCCACCGGCGUCACAGUGUCCCCCGACCGACCGUUGUCGCUGAAAAGAUGGUUAGAUCUUGAACGAGCCAACACUCUACACGGCCAUGUCUGUGCACGCUCUACCAAUCUUACCGUACAGCAGAUAUGCUAUAUGUCAUUCUUGGUGGCCAACGACGAUAAAUUAUUCACCGAAGCGUGGACCGUAAUGGCCGGCAAGAAACUGCGGCCGCCUCGUGAUCCCACGAUCUCUAAAUGUUAAGACUCUCGUCGUAACGUUACGUCUCGAUAUUGAAUAUUAUGCAUUUUAAAUGUAAUUUAACAGAGUACAAUAAUUUUAAGGGUGUUAAUUUAUAAAACCAAAACAACAAAUGUGUAUUAUUUUAAAUAAAUGUUAGAUUCGUUUUAGAUUAACUGACAACGGUGAUAAUUUAACUGCUAAUCUAACCGUCUAUCAUAAUUUUUUCUUAAAUUAUAUUUGCUCAUUAACUGUUAAUUUUGAAUCGUUUAUAAAUUGUAUGAAAUACAUUUUUCUUUUAUUAUAAAAUUGUGAAACGAGUUUACAGCAUUAUCUGCCAUGCUAAUAUU